GUGAGCUGAAUUUUUGUCCUGAUGCUGCUGAUUCCAUUCCAGGAGAAAGACAACCUACAGAUGUAAACUGGAUAAAUAAAGAUAGGAAGGACUCUAAAAGUAAUCGGAAUAGAAGUAAUUUACCAUUUUCUAGUCUGUCUUCUGAAAGAGGUACAGAUUAUGAAAGCUCUUCCACAAAACAUCAUGGUUUUUGUAAUCCAGAAAGUCAGUAUGGGAAUUCUGAAGACUUCCACCAAUAUUUUGGUACCAGUAAAAGUGUGAAGAAUCGUAACUUCCAAAGCCAGAGAUGGCACAGAUCGAGAAAUGAUAGCACAGGUACCAAAAGUAAGACAAAGCAAAGUACUGCCGAUACUGCUGCAGAUCCAGGAAUUUCAGACACUGUAAUAGUAACUGGAAGAAGAGCACCUCCUAGAGGAUACAAUGACUUUGUCUCCUCGGAGAGUGACAGGGAGAUACCGAAUGCAGAUAGCAGAGGAGCAAAGCCAAAGAAAACUCAUCCAAUGCAUAUAUCUGGAAGAGGUUUCAGGGAGAAAGGAAAGCACGUACAUGACCGGGAAAAGAGACUGAGCUCAAAACAGAAAGUAGAACUCUUUGAAAAUGCUCCAUCUUUGGAUUUGACUCAUUCUGACUCUUCAGAAUCAUCUGUUGGAAAGGCUUUCUGUGAUGCACCUGUUGGUAGUGGGGAUGAGCAGAAAGGCUACAGUUAUGUAAACAAAAGAUAUGUCCGGAAGCCUAUGUGGAAUAAACCCCCUGUAGAUAAAGAGUGUCAGAAAAGACAUGAUUCUCACCAUAGUAAAAAUACAAAAGUAGGUAAGAAGUCUUCUCUUGCAUAUACUCCAAAAGAUAAAAAUGAGAGGAAGAGAGAACUCUGUGUUCGCAAAAGUGGUGAAAACUCGGCCAGUGAAGUCAGGCAUCAGUUGUCUGAUUCUGUCAGAUGUAACGGAAGAAAGUUCCUGCUAAAGGGAGAUCAGGCACCUGCACUUCAUUUCAGUUGGACCCAGUACUGGAAAAAGCAAAGCGAUGUACCAAAGAACAAAGAAACUCAUACAGGAUCAUUGAUUGAACAGCUGACCACAGAGAAGUACGAGUGCAUGGUAUGCUGUGAGGUGGUACGAAUAGUAGCCCAGGUGUGGAGCUGUCAGAAUUGUUACCAUGUAUUCCACCUGAAUUGCAUUAAGAAGUGGGCACGAUCACCAGCCUCACAAGCUGAAGAUGGUAAUAGUGGUUGGAGAUGUCCAGCUUGUCAGAAUGCUUCUACACAAGUUCCUAAAACUUACACUUGUUUCUGUGGUAAGGUGCACAAUCCUGAAUGGAAUAUAAAUGAAAUCCCACAUAGCUGUGGGGAACUUUGUGGAAAGAAGAGACAGUGUUUGGACUGUCCACAUCUUUGCAACAUCCUGUGCCAUCCAGGACCUUGCCCUUCAUGCCCAGCCUUUGUGACAAAAACAUGUGAAUGUGGACAAACAAGUCAUUCAGUUCGCUGUGGCCAGUCAACAAAAAUUCAUUGUUCUAAUGUAUGUGGAAAUACUUUGAACUGUGGUAAGCACAGCUGUACGCAAGUGUGCCAUGCAGGAAAAUGUUCACCUUGCCAAUUAACAGUACAGCAAGUGUGUUACUGUGGAAGCAACUUUAAAGAAGUUUUGUGUGGAACGAAGGAAGAAUUCUCUGAUGGAUUUGGAAAUUUUUCAUGUCAGAAUUUAUGUGGCAAAAAGUUAAAUUGUGGGAGGCACAACUGUACGCAAGUAUGCCAUCCUCAGCCUUGCCAGCUCUGUCCACGACUUCCACAAGUAGUGUAUCGCUGUCCCUGUGGUCAGACUCCUCUCAGCAAGUUACUGGAAUUAGGAUGUGUUGAACGGAAAGUAUGCACAGACCCUAUCCCGUCAUGUGGAAAAACCUGUGGCAAACCUCUUUCUUGUAGUAGCUAUGAGUUCAUUCAUACAUGUGAAAGUCUUUGCCAUGAAGGAGACUGUAGACCAUGUUCUCACACGUCAAAUAUUUAUUGUAGAUGUGGCUUCAAAAAAAAGGAAGUCCCAUGUGCUCUCCUCAGAAAUAAAGCUGCUAUUACAUUCAUGUGUGACAAACGAUGCAACAAGAAAAGAUCAUGUGGACGACACAAGUGUAAUGAAGUUUGCUGUGUGGACACAGAACAUAAAUGUUCUUUGGUUUGUGGUCGUAAACUCAACUGUGGAAUUCAUAGAUGUGAAGAACCUUGUCAUCGGGGCAGUUGUCAAACAUGCUGGCAAACAAGUUUUGAUGAGUUAACUUGUUACUGUGGUGAAUCUGUGAUUUACCCCCCUGUCCCCUGUGGCACACAGCCACCAGAAUGUAAAAAAAUAUGCACCAGGCCACAUGACUGUGAUCAUCCAGUGUACCAUUCAUGUCAUAGUGAGGAGAAAUGUCCACCUUGUACCUAUCUCACUCAGAAAUGGUGUAUGGGCAAGCAUGAAUUGCGAAGUAAUAUUCCUUGUCAUCUCACUGACAUUUCAUGUGGACUUCGCUGCAAUCAAAUGUUAAAAUGUGGAAUGCACAAGUGUAAAAGAAUCUGUCAUAAAGGAGAAUGUCUUAUAGAUGAAGAAUGUAAACAGCCAUGCAUUAUUCCAAGGCUAUAUUGUAAUCAUCCCUGUAUGGCUCCAUGUCAUUCUUCUUCACCCUGCCCAACUACAUCCUGCUGUGCAAAG